ACCCCCGCCCCCCCCCGCCGGACGCCUGGGUCCCUUCCGGGAGGCGGCAGCGGGGGCGGAGCGGGGGCAGAUCCUGUGGCCCCAGGGCUGCCGCUGCCCCGUGGCCUCUGCCCCCAGCCCGCCCGCGCCGGGGGGACGCGCGUGGGGAGCCGCCGGGAGCCCGCCAGGGAGGCGGCCGCCGCUCCGCGCCGCAUGCACUGAGCUGGCAAGGCCUCAGCCCCGGCGUCCGGCGGCACGUGGGGCGGCGAGGCCGGCGGCGGCAUGGCGGCGGGGGGCGCGGGGCUGCCCAAGCGCCUGGCCACGCUGCUGUCGGGGCUGCUGGAGUGCGGCGCCUUCUGCGGCGUCAUCUUCGGCUGGGCCUCCCUCGUCUACGUGCUCAAGGAGCUGGGCUACUUCCAGGGGCGCUGCCUGCCCCCCGCCAGCCCCGGCCCCAACCUCACCCUGCUGCCCGACUGCAGCGGGCAGGAUGAGCAGUUCUCCCUCGUCUUCACCAUCGGCUCCUUCAUGAACAACUUCUUGAUCUUCCCCAUGGGCUACAUCUUCGACCGCUUCGGCACCACCGUGGCCCGCCUGAUCGCCAUCUCCCUCUACACCGCCGGCGCCCUGCUCGUCGCCUUCUCCACGCCAGCCUCCGCCGUGCUGCUCUUCCCGGCCAUGUCGCUGCUGUCGGUGGGCGGCAUGCUCCUCAUCCUCACCAACAUGCAGGUGGGCAACCUCUUCGGGAAGUACCGCGCCGUCAUCAUCACGCUCUACAACGGGGCCUUCGACUCCUCGUCCGCCGUCUUUCUCAUCGUCAAGGUGCUGUACGAGCGCGGGCUGUCCCUGCGGGCCAUGUUCCUCUUCAUGGCGGGCUGCAGCGCCUGGCACCUGCUGCGCACCCUCUUCCUCAUGCCCCGGGGCCGCAUCCCCCACCCGCUGCCCCCCGCCUACGACUACGGGCUGCGGUGCGAGCGGCGGUCCCGGUCCUACCGCACCUACGAGGAGAAGCAGCCCCCGGGCGACGGCGGCCCGGAGGACGCCCCGCUGGAGCCCCGCCCCCAGCCCCCCGCCCCCCGCGGGCCCAGAGGUGGCCCCGACGGGGCGUCCUUCGGGGCGUGCGUGCGCUCGCGGCUCUUCGCCUGGCACGUGGCCUGGCUCUCCACCAUGCAGCUGCGCCACUACCUCUUCAUCGGCACCCUCAACCCGCUGCUGCACCACCUGGCCCGCGGCGACGACGGCCUGGUGAGCACCUACACCGACGCCUUCGCCUUCGCCCAGCUCUGCGGGGUGCUCUGCGCCCCCUGGAACGGCCUCAUCCUGGACCGUCACAAGCGGCGCCAGGGCCCCCGCGCCGGCGGAGCCCCCGCGGCGCUGGCCGACCUGCGGGCGUCGGUGCCCUCGCUGGCGGCGACGGCGACCCAGUGCCUGCUGUUCUCCGGCUGCGCCGCCGUGCCCGCGCUGCCCGUGCAGUUCGCCACCUUCGCCCUGCAGGUGCUCAGCCGCUCCUUCCUCUACGGCGGCAACGCCGCCUUCCUGGCCAUCGCGUUCCCCCCGCAGCACUUCGGGAAGCUCUACGGGCUGGCCAUGGCCCUGUCGGCGCUGGUGGCCCUGCUGCAGUACCCCUGCUUCGCCCUGGUGCGGGGGCCGCUCCGGGGGAACCCCUUCUACGUGAACGUGGGGCUCAUCGCCGUGGUGCUGCUGGCCUUCGGCAGCCCCCUGGCCGUGGCCCGCGAGUGCCGGCGGCGGGCGCGGGAGCUGGGCGCCGCGGGGGGCACCCCGCUGACCGCCCCCCCGGGCGCCGGGGCCCCCCCCGAGGCGCCGGGCUGAGCCGCCGGGGGGCCCCCCCUCCCCGCCCCACGGCGCCUUCCCCACCGGACUUCGGGGCUGGGGGAUGGAGGCGGGGGGGGGAAAUAAAUGCUGACAUAGCAGA